AUGGAGAUUGAAGAAAUCACAGUUUCAGAUAUGCCUCAAAGAUCAAUGAUCACAAGCCCCGUACCUCUGUAUAAAACCCGCAACGACGGCGCAGUUUCGAUUCCUCCUUCGCCAUUGUCCGUCACGUUCUCCGCAUCCAUGAUGCUCGAGAACAUCGAAAAUGCAGAGACUAUUGUCGCGAAAUGGGAUCCGCGCAACAAUUCGAUGGAGAAAUUCAUCUCUCUGUUUCAGGAAAAUCGGCGAGAGGCCAAGGAGUUCGCCAAGUGCGUCGAUGGCCUGCGCAAGGCUAUGCACUAUUUGGUCGCGCAACAUGCCGGCUCGAACCAGCUCGUCGUCGCCAACAAGCUCAUGAAAACUGCCAUGCUUCGGCUGGAGAAGGAAUUCUAUCACAUCCUUGCAACAAACAACAAAUACCUGAAUGCUGAAUCCAUUUCCAGUGAAUCCUCACACCUGUCUCGAUCACUGUCCUCUGGAAAUUCGGAUGAGGAUGAAUACUACGAUGAUGAUUAUGUAGCUUCUGAAAAUGGCGGAGAUGUUCAUCAAUCGAAGGUUGAGCGGACUAUGUCCGACCUGAGAAUCAUUGCUGAAAGCAUGAUUAGCUCUGGAUACAGCCAGGAGUGUGGAAAAAUUUACAGAAUCACAAGGAAAUCUAUUGUGGAAGAAGAACUUUACCGUCUCGGAAUUAGGGCUUACACUCAGUCGCAGAUCAACAGGAUGGAUCACGAGGCUGUCAAGCAUCAGGUCGGAAAGUGGAUUGAUGCAGCGAAAUCUGCAGUGACGCUGCUAUUUCGCGGUGAAAGGAUGUUGUGCGAUCAUGUGUUUGCUGUCUCGGAGACGAUUAGGGAAACGUGUAUUGCUCAUGCCGCCAUGGAAGGAGGACUCAACCUGUUCCGAUUCCCGGAGCUUUUGGCCAAGAGCAAACGAUUUCCUAACAAAAUCUUCCUUCUGAUGAAUUUAUACGAGGCGAUCUCCAAUCUCUGGCCGGAAAUCGAAGCGAUCUUCUCGUACAAAUCGUUAUCGCCGAUAAAACUGCAAGCGCUCGCCUCGAUGAACAAGCUUACAGAGGCGAUUCAAACGAUUCUCGCUGAAUUCGUCUCCUCCGUGCAGAAAAACUCAUCCAAAACGGCGGUUCCCGGCGGCGGAAUCCAUCCUAUGACGAAUUCAGUGAUGGAAUACGUCGCGCUAUUAGCGGAUUACAGCGAAACUCUCUCCAAUGUCCUCGCCGGAGACGGCGAUGAAAGUGCGCCGGCGCAGUCGCCGUUCCCUGAAUCGUACUUCGAUAGCCCUAGCCAGACCUCGGGAGUAUCAUUCCGCCUUGCCUGGAUCAUUCUCGUCCUACUCUGCAAGCUCGACAGCAAAGCGGAGCUUUACAAGGACAUCGGACUGUCGUACCUCUUCUUAGCCAACAAUCUCCAGUUCAUAAUCGACAAAGUUAGCACAAGCACUCUGAGAUUCCUCCUAGGGCAAGACUGGAUAACAAAGCUCCAGAAAAAGGUGAAUCUCUACGCCACCAAAUACGAGUCCGUCGCGUGGGGGAAAGUCCUCUCGUCUCUUCCGACGGAGACUGAAGUCUCACCGUCGCCGUCGCCGUACACCGUCAAAGAGCGAUUCCGGCGAUUCUACUCCGCCUUCGAGGCGGCGUACCGGAAACAGAUCACGUGGGUGGUCCCUGACUCGAAGCUUCGAGACGCAAUCAAGUUGUCGAUCUCGAGGAAGCUUGUGCCGGCGUAUCGAGAAUUCUACAGCAGCUAUUCGGCGACGCUGAGCGAGGAGAAGAAUCUGGACGCGAUGGUGAAACUGUCGCCGGAUAACUUAGGGAACUUCUUGUCGGACUUGUUCUACACGACGGAUUUGGUGCGGUGGAACUCGCUGGCUUCGUCGUCGGUGGGUCGGGUGAAUCCCGGCGGCGGUUGUCGCAUCGUGUGCGGCGGAGUAAUGGCGGGAAGAUGAAUCCUGAAUUGAAUUACGAAAGAUAUUUUGAAAGGAAAGAGAUGAUGAAAAACUGUUGGUAGUUACGGAAAAAUAAUAACCGAACCUAAACUUUGGUGUAAAAAUAUCUUUUGCCAAAUUUAUGGUCAUUACGUCGUGAAUUCAAACUUUGCCAAUAUUACGAAAUGAAUUUAUUUACUCCAUCCUUUCUUGUUUGAUGGAUGUCUGGUCUGUAGACAAC